AUGAAUGUCUCUCACUUCCUGGCCUUACUGCUCCCAGGAUCCCCACAGGGUCAAAACAGGAGCAGGUCAAGGAGCAUUCCGUACAACUUCUCAGACCACUGCCAGGAUUCUGUAGACCUGAUGGUCUUCAUUGUCACCUCUUAUAGCAUUGAGACUGUUGUGGGGGUCCUGGGCAACCUCUGCCUCAUAUGCGUGACCAUGCGGCAGAAGGAAAAGGCCAACGUGACCAACCUGCUCAUUGCCAACCUGGCUUUCUCUGACUUCCUCAUGGGUCUCCUCUGCCAGCCGCUCACAGCCAUAUACACCAUCAUGGACUACUGGGUCUUUGGGGAGGCCCUUUGCAAGAUGUCGGCCUUCAUCCAGUGCAUGUCAGUGACAGUCUCCAUCCUUUCGCUUGUCCUUGUGGCCCUGGAGAGGCAUCAGCUCAUCAUCAACCCAACAGGCUGGAAGCCCAGUGUUCCCCAGGCCUACCUGGGGAUUGUGAUCAUCUGGCUCAUCGGCAGCUUCCUCUCCCUCCCCUUCCUGGUCAACAGUGUCCUGGAGAAAGUCUUUCAUAGGAACCACUCCAAGGCUGUGGAGUUUCUGGUAGAUAAGGUGGUCUGUACCGAGUCGUGGCCACUGCACCACCACCGCAUUGUCUACACCACCUCCCUGCUGCUCUUCCAGUACUGUGUGCCCUUGGCCUUCAUCCUGGUCUGCUAUGUGCGCAUCUACAGGCACCUGCAGAAGCGGAGGCAGGUGUUCCGCAAGGGCACCUACAGCUCACGGGCAUGGCAGAUGAAGCGGAUCAAUGGGAUCCUCGUGGCCAUGGUGGUGGCCUUUGCCGUGCUCUGGCUGCCCCUGCAUGUGUUCAACAGCCUAGAGGACUGGUACCACGAGGCCAUCCCCGUCUGUUACGGCAACCUCAUCUUCUUGGUGUGCCACCUGCUUGCCAUGGCCUCUACCUGUGUCAACCCUUUCAUCUAUGGCUUUCUCAACACCAACUUCAAGAAGGAGGUCAAGGCCCUGGUGCUGACGUGUCAGCAGAGUGCUCCGGUGGAUGAGUCCGAGCAUCUGCCCCUGUCCACGGUGCACACGGAAGUCUCCAAAGGCUCUCUGAGGCUCAGUGGCAGGUCUAACCCUAUUUAGUCUGGUUUAGGGCUUCUCCCUGCCACGUCCAUUGCCAGGCUGUCUCACUCAGCUAAGUGGGUCAGUUGCAUCAUUACUGGCAUUGUUAGGGCCUUCUGGUGGCACUCCAUCAUUGCUGGUUUUUUGG